AUGGUAUCAUUACCAAGUCAUCGCUACGACUCAUUUCGCAUUGCCCGUGCUCGAGGAAUGGCCUCCUACUCGCAGUAUCUCACCAAAGAGAAAGAAGAUGAACUUCGUCAAAUCGCAAAUGCUAUCGUAGCCCCAGGAAAAGGAAUUCUAGCUGCCGACGAAUCUACUGGAAGUAUGGAAAAGAAGAUGAAGAACAUUGGGACAGAGAACACCGAGGAACAACGGCGCAAAUAUAGACAGCUACUUUUCACUGGCAAUCCGGAUCUUCAAUAA